AUGCCAUCAUUCCCUCGGCCGCCGCGGGGCACUUGGCUCCUCAUUUUCGCCACACUCCUGGUCUUGCUGCCAGGCAAGGCUGCCGCUUUCGGUGCAGGAAACAUUCCCUCAAUCGCACAGGUCGAAGGCCUCAACUGGCGCCAUGGAGACAUCGAGGACAUGCUCGCGGGCCUUGCUUUCCUGCAUGGAAAAAAAUGGACAUCUAUGCUCAUCAAGAGAACCUACUUUGGCAAUUGGUUGCGCGAUUACUCGCAAGCUGUCGACGUCGGUAGCUUGAAGGGCGUCAAUGCCGCCACCAUUCGCAUCCUGGUCUGGGUCCUCUCCUUCAUGUCCUUUGGAUAUGCCACCGAGGAGUUUGAGGUCACCGAGGAGCGCCUCGGCUGCUACCGCCCGGAAGAGCACAUCGACAACCCCAAGGGCUACGCCGACGGCCUCGAUGCCCGCAAGUUUGACCCCCGCCUGCGCGGUCCAGUUGAUCCCGCAGAAAUCGAGAUAGAUCCCAGGACCGGCAUGAAGAACUAUAUCGCCAACGAGACGGGACGCAUCCACUUCGGCCGACUUUACACGAGCGGUGCCGAGGGUAGAGGCACGGACGAGACUCUAUGCGAGGCGCUCCGGUGCCUGGGACAGGCUUUGCAUUGCAUGGAGGAUUUCGGUGCCCACAGCAACUACUGCGAGCUGGCCCUCCGUGAACUUGGAUACCACAAUGUCUUUCCCCAUUGCGGGACGCAGGCCGAGGUCAACAUUCACGGCAGGAGACUUUACCCCAUUGUUACCGGCACAUUCGGCGCCGUCGACUUCUUGCACUCCGUCAUUGGCGAGGCCAACGAUCACUUCACUCAGUCCGAGGUGGACGAGGUCGAUAUUGCGCUCAAGAACGCAGAGGCCUCCAAAAGUGGCGGCGGCAGCGGAUCCAAUGUGGGCGACGGCUUCGCAGAUCAGGCCCGCAGCCUCAAGGCCGAGGCCGAGGCAAAGGAGCGGGAAAACGAAUCUCGCAGUCGGGCUGGAGAAAAUGCCAACGUGGUCCCCGGCAUGAGCCCUAACUUCGACCCUGUCAAGGUUGCCGGCCAGAUCUACCCCAUUCUCCAAUUCCGAGACAAGAUCGUCAAGGCCAUCAGCCGCGGCAUCGCCAAAAUACCUGGCCUCGAGAAGCUCAUUGAGCACAUUAGCGAGACGUUGACGGCAUUCGUCCUCGGCCUCCUUGCCCCCUUUAUUCGACCAAUCAUCAACCAAGUCUCCAAGGUUUUGAAGGAUGGGUCCUCCGGGGUCAUCAGCGCCAGCUCCAACUCCCAACUCGAGCCAUGGGAGAGCCCUCGCUGUGAUGAUCCGACUCAUUCGAUGCUGUCAAAGGACCACUUUACAAAUAUCCUCAACUCUUGUGCUGGGCGAGUCGCGACCACGAUUCUCCAAUAUACCGUACCGCGUGUCCUCUUUGCGUGGGAGAACACCAAUGUUCCCGUGGACGAGGUCGUCAAUGAUGUCAUCCGGGCAUUUCACCACCCUGCCCUCCGCAACGAUAGCAUUGAGAUUCAGAAAGACAUGUUCAGGACCGUCAAGUCAUGGGCAGACGAGCAUCCACGCCGCCACCAGCUCGACCAACUGCUGUCUUCCGAGUCGGUGAAGAAGGGCAAGAACCACGUCUUGGGCCAGCAGUCAAAGAGCGUCGGCGAUCACUCCCACGGCCCCAUGGAGUCCCUUAGUCAACUGGGCCAUGGGAAAGUCGCCGGAUCUCUCUGGUCCCAGGUUCGCACGCGCGAUCUCAACUCGAUGGAAGGUCGCGAUGGAGACGCAUCGGCGAACUACAUGUCCAGCUCUCCUGCCCCUCCGUCGAGCCAGGGCGCGCGCUACGAAUACGGACAGAACGCGUCAUACUACUCGCAGGGCAGCGGCUUGCAGGCGGGACCGCCAGGCGGCUACAGCGGCCCUUCGCCACAGCCCGGCGCCUACUACUCUGGCUACAGCCAGUCGUCUCCCCCGCAGCCCCAGUCAGGAUAUGGAGGCCCAGCACCACCCGGAGGGCAAUGGGGACCGCAAGGCCCGCCUCAUCCACAUCAAGGGUAUGGGGCUCCCGGCUACGGCGCGCCUUCACAGCAGUAUCCUCCUUACCAGCAAGGACAACCCCCAUCCUGGAACUCCUACCCCGGCCCACCUCAUGGCUACUGA